UAAGUUGCUUCCCUUUGAAUUGCUGGAUAGGACAUGGAAAAAAGCUAAGAGAGAGGAAUCAAAGGGAAUAAAAGACAAGAAGACUUAGUGGAAAAGCUAACGUUAUCGUAACCAUUCCUUUCUCGAAAGUAAAUGUUUUACGAGUUGGCCUCCCGAGAACUGCCCUUUUGACAGACUUGUCUUUCGUUUGCGGAAAUGGCGAUGGCGAACACGGAUCCAGACUACGUCUUGAAUGAUCGGACUAAGCCAGGAUUCAUACGUGUGCGUGUUGAAAUUCCAAACCUCAAAGCCAAAAGUAGGGGAUUUAAAAAAAUAAUUGGUGGGAGAAAAGACCAGGCCCAAAAUGCAUCUAUUACUUGUGAUUUUGAAGAAAGGUCAUUCUCUCUGACUGUUACUGGAAAUGAAAAACUUGCUGGUAAAAUGUGGACACUGGCAAAACAGAAUCUUGUGUUUGCCAUCAACAAAGAUAGCAGUCACUGGGAGAUUGAGGAUGGGUUUGUAAACAUCUUCCUGAAGAAAGGAAGCAAUGAUGACAACUGGGAACCCUACUUGCGCAAUAUGCAGUUGGAGAUGAAUGAAUAGAUUACAAUUUUAUAACUGUCAGUCAGGAAAUUAUUAUCAGGUCCUGUUUAAAAGGCUACUUGAUGUACAAUGAAGGUAAAGGACCUCAUAGGCUAGUGACCAAAGAAACCAUGAACUGUAAGUGGUUCGCCACAUCUCCAUAGUAUAUUGCAUGAUACAGGCAAAACUCAAUCCUUUACUUUCAUUGCUGUUUACCUUCUCAUACUAAGCUGUCACAGGCCUCGGCUGGCCCUUGCUUAAGGCUAAAUUGUCUUCCCUGAUCAGUUUAACUGUUAAUGUCAAACCAGUGAAAUCAAAUUAUGCACAUGAUUGCUAACAAACUUGCGCUUAUGAAACUUAAAUGUUUUACAGUUUUGAGACCCAGAUAUUUGAUAACAUUUUGUGUCUAUACCACAGAUUUUUCUUUUUUUGGACAAUGAUCUAUGCCAUGAACAAAGUUUUUAUCUCUGACAUAUAUAGUCUUUUAUUAAGUCAGAUAAUAGUGCCAUAGGUCAUGUGUUAGGAUAGUUUAGUGAGGGGAUAUUUCAGCAACAUUUUUAUUUGCAUUUAUGUAUUGAAUCAAAAAUAGGGACACUUCUUAUUCACAAUUUUCAGCCUUCAUUUAUAUCAUAUUUAAUUUAUCAUAUUAGGAAUGCUCUUGAAUGCUGGUUUCAGCAGCUCUUUUCAUUGAAAAUAGAGUAAAUUGAAAAUCAGUAUGCACAUUGAGAGGUGAUAUCAUGUUUGUAUGACCUGUCACCAUUGUGUUAUUUUUAUUAACAUGGAUGCAUUUACUAACUGGUUUAGAAUUCCUUAUCUUGUGAUGAAAUUGUGUGUGGUCAUACAGACUAUGUUGUAUAGUUUGAGCCUUUUUUAGCAAUAUAAAUGUGCCAUAGGCAGCUGAUUAUUUGUUUUGUGCUGCCUUUUAUAUUUAAAUCAUUUGAUUUAUAUGACUGAGAAAUUAAUGCUUAUGUUCUUGCUUUAGGCAUUUGUUGUUGAAAAAAACACAUUUAAUCUGAAUCUGAUUGAGUUUCAUAUCAGAAACUUUCCAGCACAAACAUUAAAGAUCUACAUCAUUACCUUAAAAUAUUACUGAUCGAUAAAUUAAAUUGCUAUUCUCAAUGUACACAACUUGGUGAACACAAUAGCACAGCAAAAAUUAAAGAACAACAUAAUUUUAUGCCAAGUGAUAUUAUUAUGCAAUCAUGGGCAACCUUAAAAAAAGUUGAAAUAAAAGCUACAGUUUGACCUCG